AUGGGCCGGAUUACUUUAGUCUUGGUUGCAAUUGCUGUGCUGAUCAUUCCGGGCAUUGAUUCUGCCAAAUGCCGAGGAAGAUACUACGAAAUGAGAGGGGUAGGAAAGUGGCUGUCAAUUUUGAUCGAAAUGACAAUGAUUUUGUAAUACAAACUAGUUUCAAUAAAAUUAUGUUUACUCUACAUUCUGGCAAUCUCGCUCUACCGCAAUCUCGCGUACGUGGACACGUGAAAACUGAAUUCACGUGAAGAGCGGUAGGUCGUGAUUGCAAGACUUCUGCGGCUUCAAUAGAUUACUACAGUGUGCUAUUCUCGUCAAGCUUUUCUUCAGCUUUAAAAUGUAUUUAGGGCGACGGGUUUGUUGCUCAACGUGGAUGUCGCGGACUUGACUCCCAAAUAUCAGAAGAUUACUGGACUACCAUCGGAUACGACGGAUUGCUUAGAGAUGGACGUACUACUGACGAUUUUCUUCAGUUCCCAGAAGAAGAAAACGACGGCCACACACUAAGAAACUCUUUCGUGGGAUAUUGGUAAGAGCAAAGCAGGCUCAGAAGGUUGCUCAGAACAGCAUUAUUUAUAAAUCUUCGUUUCAACGAAACGGGAUGAACGAAAUUUAUCAACCUUCUGUUUCCGCAUCGAUCACUGAGUACUGUAGCUAUAAUUCUCUUUUGUUUUAGGGAAGGUCCCGAGCAAACGGAUGAGUUAGUUUUAUAGCGUGAUUUGAAAUGCAUGUAAUCUUAACCUACUUACGAUCUGAAGUGCUUAGCGUGAACACGUUUAAAAUCAUUCUCUAACGGCUUUUUUGCAGGAUCACUCGUUCGAAAUAUGGCGAUAGCCGCCAUUACGAAGCGUUUGGCCACGGAUUCAUCAAGCCGGACGGUCGUGUGUGCGGAUGGUUCGUCGGAAUGGACAAGGAAAUCGUUGAAGUCUGUGGAGGAUUCCGUGUGCUCAGUCGUUCCCGUAGAAAUCCACAAGAGCCUAUUCCAUUUAUGUGGGUCCAAGGACCUCAGAACAGAAGUCGAGAUGUCCUUGGGUUCCAUCAUCACAAGAUUGCAAAGUACCAACUCAACACAGAUGAAGUUUUCUUCGGCGAUGCAGAUGUUAAAGGAAAGAAAUUCAACGGGGUUUCUCCGUUUUCUGAAACUUUCGUUCAGGUAGGAAAAUUGACUCGCGACUUCUUCAUCAUUGCCAUUUUGCAGGUCGACUCACAAGAUGCCUUCAACCGCAAAAUUUGGCUUCUUAAGAAAAAAACAGCUUCGCCAAUGGAUGUACGUGCUUCCUACAAACAUCCCAGACAGCUUUGAUAUAUUCAUUUUUAUAUUGUACGUCUAACGCGUUCCCUCUGUAUGCUAUUACUCUUCAGCUUAAGUGUACAUCUACGCUAAAACCCACUCUCUUUCCUCGAAGCUACUGCAGCAAUUGCCAUUAUACUGUAAUUUUUUCAAUUUCGACAUUGUAUUCGGAGCUUUGGCAUUCUGAAACAAUCGUCUCUAUGAUCUUUUUGUAUUUCCCAAAUAAAACAUUUGCUUUGCUUUACAAAUCCCUCCAAAAGGCAUGCAUGGAGCAUACGAAAUUGGAAUGACGCUACAUGCAUAUUAUGCAUUGCAUAACCACCCAUUGCUUCUCUUCUGACUAUCGCGCUCUACCGCUCUCCACGUGAAUUCAGUGCUAAAUUGGAAACGCUUCGAGAUUUCACGUGGGAUCGCGGUAGAGCGACAUUACCAUAUUAUAGGGGCACAGAAUAGAAAGGGCGCUCUGUUCGCAAUCUGGCCGAAUUUCUAGUCCGCGAAGUAAUUUUCCACUGAAAACGUGGCCUAACUUUUCAAACUCGGCCCCGAGCUCACUCAAUUUGCAGUGCAAAAAAGUUUCUCAAUAGAGCGCCCUUUCUGUUCGGUGCCCCUAUAAUAAUUUUGAGGUGAUAAUAUGAAACUUGCAUUGUGGGGCUAUUCAGGAGAUGAAAAAAUGAUUGCAGCGUUUUUUUCUGGCGGGUCUCGCAGCGAUUUCCCGGACGCGAAGCAUGCGGCUACUGUGAGAGACGUUUUAUGAGUGGAUUUACGAGAAGGGGGAAUUUUUUUCUAAUUUUUCAGCGAAAUUGCCACGUUUUCCCGCUAUUUUCAACCGAUUUUCAACGGAAUUUCAGUUCUUAUUUAUCUGUUAUGGUAACUGAUGUGAUAUUGCCACGUUCACCGCUAUUUCCGAUCGACUUCGCUUGAAGUUUCAAGUGCCUCGUCAUAUCGUUCAAAAAAUUGAGCUUUUCGGUGAAAAUCGGUUCAAAACAGCGGGAAAACGUGGCAAUUUCGCUGAAAAAUUAGAAAAUUUUUCGUAAAUCCACCCGUUCUUGUAAAUCCACUCAUAAAACGUCUCUCACAGUAGCCGCAUGCUUCGCGUCCGAGAAAUCGCUGCGAGACCCGCCGGAAAAAAACGCAAUGGGGCUAUUCAGCGUAUGUUUGUUUUCCGUUUUUUUUUUCCGUUUUUUUACAUCGCUGAACUGGAUUUUUUGAGGUAAAAAAACGAAAAAAACGGAAAACAAUAAUUUUUUCACAGCCUGAAUAACCCCACAAGCGAUGCAUUUCUUUCCGUUUUUUUCCAUUUUUUGACAUCGCUGAAUAGGGAAAAAACGGAAAACAUUCAUUUUUUCAUCCCCUGAAUAGCCCCAUAAUAAAUAGGGGCACUUCUCUAGAAACCAGCUUUUUUGCGAAGCUAAGGCCGAGUUUUUCCGCCACGAAAGUCUUUAGUAGUUUUUUACUUGAAAAAUGGUCUAGAUUUUUCAUUUUUAUUUUAGUGGCAAAAAUCUGGGCCUAACAGAGCGUGUUUGCAGAGAAAUUCCCCCGUAAUAAAUUGAUUUAUAACCUAAACUUCAUGACAGAUACCAAUUCAGCUUAAUUUUAGAAUCUGAAACCACUAAACCAAUCUCCAAUCUAUAGGCAUCACAAGGUGGACACAUCCGCAUUGAGAAGUAAGUAAUGCGAGUUAAUUUCAGGAUCUUGACGUUUAUAACGACCCGCAUCAUGAAACAAGAUUUCAAAGUUUUCGACUGCCUCCAAAUUAUGAAGUGAGACAGUUUCAGUCUUAGUCGUUUUAAGCACUAUCGAUAUUUCAGAAGUUCGGUAGUCCGUACCAACUAUUUUUAAAGAAGACUCAACAAGAACCGCCUGUCGAGGAUCGUAGAUCUCAGAUUUCUGCACAUGUCCGGGCAUCACCGCAAUUCACAUAUAGACAAGAUCAUCCACGAUACGAGGAAUGGCUACGUAACGAGUACCGAAUUCGUGGACUCGUUCCCCGUAAACGAGAGGGAGAAAAUAUCAAAACACAGGUUUAAAUUAGAAAAUGAUGAUUUUCUAUUCAAUCUACUCUUUCUAAAGUUUAAUGACUUAUGGGGCUAUUCAGCGUAUGUUUGUUUUCCGUUUUUUUUUCGUUUUUUUACAUCGCUGAAUUGGAAUUUUUGAUGUAAAAAAAAAAAACGGAAAACAAUCAUUUUUUUCACAGCCUGAAUAACCCAUUACCUUCCGCCCUUUCGGCACACUCUCUAAAAUCACCCAGAUUUCAUAGAUGUUUUUCAAAAGUUCGAAAAUUUAGGACAAGACAUGACGUUUUUCAAGCGGAAUUUUUAGAUUUCAAAAUUGCAGGGUUCCACCGAUAGUUUCGAGAAUAAGAAUUCAUCAAACGACACUGAAGAAAACGUUUUGUAUCCGAAGAACGACUCUCUAAAACAAAUUGAAUUCAAUGGUAACGAUAUCAACGUUAGUCAGGAGCAUAGCAGCAAUGGGUAGGCUAUAAAAUAUUCGCUCAACAACGCUUAGAUUUCAGAGCCAAACACGUCCGAUUGAUGCGUUAUCGCCCACAAACAGUCAUCAUAGACACGUUAGGAAACACUUAUACGAAAACAUUGGAUAACGGAAAAACUAUCAUCUACAAAAAUCCUACGAAUCCUGAAGAAACAGGGCGGAUAAAGUAAGUGGAUAUUUAUUAUCAAUUUAUCGCUCUUGUUCAUCGAAAAAUUUUAGACGUUUGACGGACGCAAUUUUUUAAUGAAAAUUUUUUAAAACGACAUGUUAUUGGCUCAGUAAUUAACAUGACGUCGCGUCUUCGAAAAAAUUAAAUGUUUCCAGAGCGGCGAGAAAAAAAGCAUUUUGAAAACCUUGGCCAAGAAAACUCCAUUGGAUCCUAGGCCAAGUUUGCUAGAAUGCGACAUUCAAUGCGUUUUCCGCUCCAAUUCUCUGGGAACUCGAUCGCAAUCUAAUUGGAAAACUUUGAAAUCUAAUACGAACUCGUUUGAAAUAGAAUUUGCUUCAAUUAGAUUGCAAAAUCUUCUAAUUAGAUUGCAAUCACUGAAAUUUUUCUAAUUAGAUUGCAAUGUUUUCUAAUUAGAUUGCAAUUGUUUCUUAUUAGAUUGCAAUUCAGGAAAAAUAUAUUGUAAUCUAAUACGAUUUUACUGGAACUUCAAUUAAAUCUGAUUAGAUUGCGAAAUAGAGCUUUUUCUUAUUAGAUUGCAAACUCUUCUAAUUAGAUUGCAAUCGAGUUUCCAGAGUGCAAGAGAAAUCGCAAGAACUUCAAGCUUAUUUCGCAGUUCUUCAAGAAUUGCAAAUCUUAAAUAUCUCACAAAGACAUUUCGCAGUAUAUCUGUAUAUGAAGACAAUUGCCAAUUCUUACAGGUCAAUUUGCAAAAAUGGAUUUGCCUAAGAGACUGGAAAUUUCACAUUUUUUUGAGCACACUAUUCAUGUGAUUACUGAGCCAACAACGGGUCGCCUAAAACAAUUGUUUUCGAAAUUGAGUCCGUCUUCAAAGGAGGCAUAUGCAUCCGGGGAAAAAUUGUUUCUGCAUGCCGUACGGUAUUCCACCGGAAUCGAAAUUAGUAAUUCGCAGGAGGAAUAAGUUGAUGAUAGUUGGAUACCACACGGUCUCCAGAGCUGACAAUAUGGGCGUGGCCUCGGCCUAAUGGCGUUUUCAUGAAUUUCAGCAGGUUUUCUCUGAUUUUUGUGGUCAAAGGCGAUGAAAAAUGAUUGUUCGCCAUGAAACACACUGAUUCUCUUAAUUAAUGACGUUUUAGCGCAAUUUUCGCGGACUUUGCUUUUUCGCCUUCGCCGCCGAUAACCGCCGAUCGCCGCCUAAAAACCGCACUUCUCAUUUUACGCUUUCUUGACCGUUUUCAGGCAGAAUUGGUUUUUAGAAUCAUAAAUCACGUAAAUACAAGCAUUUUGAGCGCUCGAACCGCGAAAAUUACAGAAACGCAACUGAAACUCACGCAGUUUUAGCCAAAAACCUUCAAACGGAUGAAUGCGAUUUGCGACUUGACCAAAUUUAACGCUCUUGCGCUUAAAAAAUUCUUUUAAAAAACGCUCUUGCGCUUAAAAAAAAGCCUAUACAAUCGGUCUAUCGAGAGACAAAUGAGAAAUUAUCGGUUUUUCGUGGCUAAUCUGACAAAAAACAACAAUUUUGCUGUUAAAGGACCAGGGAACCCUCCUAGUUUCUGUGUCUGACUGAAUUGCUUCUUAUUGCCACAUUCACUGUCCCCAACUUUCAGAAAUACCUGUGAAUGGAACAGCGCUUAGUCAAAGUUGUGGCCGUGGCCCAGAAAAGUUCAAGUUAUCUUUUCCGGAUUUUUUUUGUGUUCGGCACAAUCUUCAUACGUUGCAAAACAUUCACACAAAUCAGCAUCCAUACAUAGUGCAAGAGCAACAAACUGAUCACAGGGAAGAGUUUUCACACCGGAGUUUCCAAGGCCACGGCCACAACUUCAACUGCACGCCGUUUCGUUCAUUGACAUUUCUGAGAGUCCGCAUUUUACCAGUGUAUGAGGCAAUAAGAGACAAUUCAAAUAGACACAAAAAUUUCACAAAAAAAUAAAAAAAUUUGAGGGUUCCCUGGCCCUUUAAAAUUUGAAUUUCGCGCCAAUGUAUCGCUCUUCUGGGCGGGGCGCACUUGCGCCCAAUGUCAACUCUGGAGACCGUGAUACCAUCUUUUUGUGAAAUUUUUUCUUAAUUCGAUAACUUUAAGGUUUUCCGAUAUAGACCCCAAAAUUGAGCAAAUACUGGAAAGCAGACGCCGCGAAGAAGAAAUUAGACACCACGAAGAUCAACCAGUUGAGAAGCUGAUAGCGGAAUAA